ACACUCCGUCACGUCGGCGACCAUCGGCUGUUAAACCAUGUCGUCCUCAGCAAGAAACUGUCGCCGACUCUGGCUUACUCACGUCAUUGUCGUUAUCAUUCUGCUCUUUCUAGCCCGUGUUCAGGCCAAGUCGUUCCUGAAAGCCGAUCUCAGCUGGAAAGGGCUACGACGAGCACAUGACGACCUGAAGCCGGAUCUUACCGAUCUGCUUGCUUACAGAGACCUUGAUCAAGAUCCGGUCUUUGAAAAGGCGAUGCAUGUCAUCGACAGCCUCGCAACGCAGUCAACCUGUCACCAGCAGGCGGCAGCUCAGUUGCUGAUAACAUGCAAAGCUGCUGGAAAGGACUCGAAACUGGGACCGGGAAGACACGAGUUCUUGGAGCGUACCAAAUCCACCUAUGCCGUGCGAGUGGCUGUCUGCGAGACUGGGGAAGGCCGUGCAGCUGUGCCUGUAGCAUGUAAGCUGGUUUUGAGCAUGCCUCCGCAUUUGCAGGGUGACCUCGAGGUCGUCAACGGCAAGAAUUUGGCAUCUUGUCUCGAAGCUAUGAUGGCCGAACACUACUACUGGACAAGCUACAGCAACAAUCGACAGGAGGCGAACACUUUGUGCCAGGCUGGAGGCCUGGAGGCCAGCAGGCUGGAUGCUUUACAUUCCUAUCAGAAGCUGGCCGAAUUGCUCCCAGACUUUCGCAACAUCCUGUCCUCGACUCGAACUCAGUGGUUGAGCUUUCUGAAACAACAGGAAGAAAGUGCUCAGGACAUCACUGAACUGCAGCAGAAGAACCGCGCGGAAGUCGAGGAACAGCACAAGGCGGAGAUGGGUGCCUUUCAGCAUGCGAUGAGUGCUGCCAAAGAGGACCUGGAAAGUGUAUCUGAAGCUUUACACCGAUCUAUGGCGAAGACAGGCUCGGGUGUCAGCCAGACACAAGAAGCACUGGGGAAGAUUUUGUCCGAUUUCGCAAAUCUGCAAGCACUCCUGGUCGAUGCUGCCCAUACUACAAGCAGGAACAACGCACAGGUCGCUGCAACCCAGGCCAAAGAUGUGCAGCGUGUCCAUGAGCUGGCUGUAGCUACCACGGAAGCUUUGACACAACUUCACGCAAGUGAAGCCGUCCAGCAUAUCAACGGCCUGUUCUCUCAAGUCGAGGGCGAACUGGGUCGACUUGUCUCAGCCCAGUCUCAGCAAGUAGCAAAUGCCGAGCAUCACCUGCAGAUGAGUGCUGAGUUGUCUCAAGCUCAGACGGCCAACCUGGCCCUGGGCGAGGAGAUGCGAGAGUCUUCGCUAUCGCUCGCAUCUCAUCUUGACAGUGCCAGUGCGGUUGCUGGUAGUGUCUCAUGGAGACUCGAGAAAGUCAACCAAGCACUCACCCAGGUUGAGAGAGCAUCGGCCAUUCUGAGCACUCUGUUUGCCCUUCUUACAAUCCCUGCUCAGAUGACGCGCUAUCUUCACCUCCGACUAUUGGCCAUGUUUCUCAUGCCAGCUACUGUGCUAUUCUUCUGGAAACCACGAAAGUAUUCCUGCAGCCUGAUGGCAGUCUAUGUAUUCUUGGAAAGCCUUAUAUCCCUUCUCACGGAAUACAAGUCAGGCAUUUUGACUUCCUUUGGCCUGCUCGGAGGUCAAUCUAGAGCUCUCUCAAGCUGGCUUUCUGACUUUCUGAACCACCACAUUAUCCUCACACUCACAGCCUUAUCGGUCUUUUUGGUCUUCUGCUGCUUCUUUGUCAUCAAAGUUCAAGCCGAGAAGCCUAAGAUCCGCUCCAAGUUCUCGACACUGAAACCUUUGAGUGGACACACAUUCGCCGAGGGACACUUCGUCGAACAUCGUCUGCGCAGUGGCAAGCGCCUGCGUGCUCUUUCACCGGACCGCUUCCGCAGAGCCGCAACUGUGUGCUGACACUUUGGUGGAUAAUCUGGUUUGUCGGUCGAGACAUACGGACAGCUUUGCCUGGUGAUGCACUGAUGCCCCUGAACUCAGGGGCUCAAGAUUUGUCUUAUGUUUGAAAAACCUCGCUGUUUCUCUGUCAGGCCGGAGUGGGCUGGACGAAUUUCAGGAAGAAGAAGUAUGGAAUGUCUGCUCUGAAAGCGGCAUGGAGUAGCUAGCACGGAGUUGCACAUA